AUGUAUGUGAUUGUUUACACUGUUACAAUGACUGUUGGUGACUUAGAACUUUGUGCUGAUUUUUAUCAUAGUUUGAUUCAACCUUCUAACAAUCGCCUUCGAAUGCGUUUGUUAGGAAAACAGUUUGCUGUCAAGAGACUUAACAAGAAUAUGUGUAUGAGAGACCAGUUUAACUAUUGUGCUAAUUUUUCACCCCAUUUAAAGCAUAGGAUUAGAGCUAUUAAUUUGAGGCAACUUCCUAGUGACAAUCGACGAUCAGUGCUGUCGAGAAACUCAGUUAAAGAGAAUAUAUGCAGACCUAUAGUUUCUUCUACAAAUGUGCCUAAAGAAGAAUCUUCACCUCAACAGGAAAUAAUUUCACCUCCUGAUAGUCCAGCUCAGGCUGAAACAAAUUGUAGCCCUCGUGCUGAUUGGGGCCCAGCUGAAACAUCCCUUUGGCUCCAGGCAAAUAGAUAUACUGGUCAUCAUAAUAGUUUAGCUUCUUAUUCUGGUGCUGAUCUGCUUCGCCUUUCUCGAGAAGAUCUGAUUCAAUUGUGUGGUCUUUCUGAUGGAAUUCGUCUAUUUAAUGCACUUCAUGUCAGAGCUGUUGCUCCCAAAUUGACUAUAUACAUCUGUGUGGACCCUCGUGAUCGAGUUUAUAAUGUGGUGUACUUGUCCUCAUUAAAAACUGGGGAACUUUUAAGGAAAGUUUGCUAUGCCGUUGGUCUUCCUGUUAGCCAAGUCACUCAGAUAUAUCUCCUAGGUCCAGGAGAUAUCAAGAUUUUGCCUACUGAAGAACUGGUUUCUCACCUUCCUGACAAUACUGCAUACAGCGUCACCUUGAUAUCAGACGGACAAGAGAAAUAUCAAGUGUUGCUGAAACAGUCUGAGACAGUUAAUACAAUUAGUAACUGA